AGACAUAAAAAAAAAAAAAAAAAAAAAAUACCGAUUGAAGAUGCACCUCCUCGAUCUACCACUCGAGGUAGUUCGGGCGAUUCUCGAGGAAGCUGUCAAGCUCACUUCCCAUCCCUACGACCUGGUUUACCUUCGACUCGUCAAUAGUAAGAUACAUCGACCAUACACCGUGUUGCGGACACUAACCUAAGCCUAGAGUUCUUUGCCAAAGAGGCUAUCGUCGCGAUGCACUCCACGCGCCUUUACAAUGAACGCCACGUGCGCCAUGACCCGUACCACAUUCAAGAAAAAGCACUAGCUCGAGACCACAUGGACGACUACUCCUUUCAAGCAAUACGGCAUGUUCUCGACCGGGUAAUGGGGUAUUUCGAAAUCUAUUCCACAGAGGGAGACGGCAACCAACGGCAGAAGCAGCUGCAAGAAGUCUCGCUGGUUAUCUCGCAUGCAGCAGCAGCAUGCGGUAGUUGGAAAUGGUCAAGCAGCAAUCGCGCGGAAUAUGAUGCACCGGAGCAUCUUCUCUCUGCCGCGGCGUCUGUCGGGAACCUAUCGCUUGUCGAGCACCUCUUGGAACAAGAACCGGACAGUUUCGAUGUGAGCAAGGAAAGUGACGUGCUUGGAACAUCCUUACGGAAUGCCUCCCGCAAUGGUCACUUGAAAGUUGUUCGACUCCUCCUGAGCAAAGGUGCUGAUUGGGAAGCCGGUCGCAGAUACCGAGAUGCAGAAGAGGAGUGGUACACUUAUAAUUAUGGUAAGAUCUGGAAGCUCCAGCAAGAGUUUUUUUUGUCAGCAUCGAGAGACCAUACACCCCAACUGCCCUUGGAGCAGCGGCGUUUGAAGGGCACGAGCGGAUAGUGCGGCUACUAUUGCAACAGCCCAGUCACCAUAACUGGAGGUCAUCCUAUAGCCACCUUCGAGCAAUAACAUUGGCCGCCAUGCGUGGUAGUACUGACUUUGUGAGGCUGUUGGAUAAAGAGAUCGGCGAGUUUUCUCCGCCAGUAUUGAAGGAUUUGUGGAACCAUACGUUGC